AUGGCAGAAGAAUUUUCCAAAUCCGUCGAGGAAGGACUCAAAUUAUCCAAACGAAUAUACUUCGGCAAUGACAGAGCCGUUUCAGCGCCAAAACCUCCUACGUCAAUGCUUAAAUCCAACACCGCUUUUCUUCCACCCGCUCCUAUGGUUUACGCGGUUAUUCACGAUCCUGCCAUUGUUGAUAAUCCCGACGUUCCUAGCUAUCAACCUCACGUGCAUGGGAGGUGUGAUCCUCCGGCUUUGAUUCCGCUUCAUAUGAUUAAUGCUGUUGAUCUUAGGGUUGAUUGUUGGUUGAAUACGGCCGUUGUUGAGGUUUCGGGAUUGUGGAGGCUGCAUUGUGUUUCCGGGAAUCGGUCUUGUGAUUGUGUUGUUGCUGUUCCUAUGGGUCCUCAGGGUUCAAUUCUAGGUGUGGAGGUCAGUGUUCAUAGGAAAUCAUAUUCUACUCAACUGGUUGAUAUGGAAGACAAAACUGAUGGCAAGGAGAACGUAGUUAGAACUCAAGACGGAGGCUUUCUCAAAUCUAAUGUGUUUACUUUGACAAUACCACAGAUAGAUGGUGGUUCAAAUUUAUCAAUUAAAAUUAAUUGGUCCCAGAAGAUAUCAUGCUGCAAUGACGUGUUCUCCGUGAAUGUGCCAUUUACCUUUCCAGAUUUCGUCAACCCUGCCGGGAAGAAAAUGCCUAAAAAAGAAAAGAUACAAUUAAACGUGAAUGCUGUUAACGGUAGUGAGAUUAUGUGCAAGACGGCAAGUCAUCCCACGAAGGAAAUAAGACGCAAUGCUGGGAGCAUAGGUUUCUCACACGAAACUGAUGUUCUCUCCUGGUCAAAAUUUGAUUUUAACUUCUCAUAUACUGUCUCUUCUAUUCAAACAAAUGGUGGGAUUAUUUUGCAACCUGCAUAUGUGGAUGAUGAUGAUCAGAGAGAAAUGUUUUGCAUGUACCUUUCUCCUGGAAAUCUUCAAAGUAAGAAGGUCUUCAGAAAAGACAUUGUAUUUGUUAUUGACAUAAGUGGAAGCAUGCGAGGAAAGCUAAUUAAUGACACUAAGAAUGCAUUAACAGCUGCUCUCUCCAAGCUUGAUCCCGAUGAUUCAUUUAGUAUUAUAGCAUUUAAUGGAGAGAUCUAUCAAUCUUCAACUUCAAUGGAAUUGGCUUCAAGCGAUGCUGUUGAAAGGGCCAUUGAAUGGAUCAACAUAAACUUUGUUGCUGGGGGUGAUACAAAUCUUAUGCGUCCAUUAAACAUGGCAAUAGAGAUGCUAUCUGAUGCCCGAAGAUCAGUUCCAGUUAUUUUCCUAGUUACAGAUGGAACUGUUGAAGAUGAGAGACAAAUUUGUGAUAUGAUAAAGAAUGGGAUCAGAGGAGAAUCAAUAUUCCCCCGAAUUUACACUUUGGGCAUAGGUUCAUUCUGCAAUCACUAUUUCUUGCGGAUGCUAGCUAUGAUUAGUAGGGGGCAUCAUGUUGCAGCAUUGGAUGUAGAUUUGGUUGAGCCUCAAAUGCUAAAACUAUUUAACAAAGCUUCAUCUCUUGUUUUUGCAAAUAUCACAAUGGACAUACUCGAUGACCUGGAUGAAGUUGAGGUGUACCCUUCGCAUAUUCCAGAUCUUUCGUCAAAUUGUACAUCGGUUUUAUUUGGAAGAUACAAGGGAAGCUUUCCAGAAGUUCUUAAUGUAAAAGGUAUCUUGGCCGAUUUCAGUAAUUUUGUAAUAAACUUGAAGAUACAAAAUGCUAAGGACAUGCCUAUAGAAAGGAUUUUUGCAAGAGAACAAAUAGACUAUCUUACUUCUCAAGCAUGGCUUACUCAAAAUAAACAAUUAGAACAGAAGAUUGCAAAACUAAGCUUACAAACUGGCUUUUUGUCCGAGUAUACAAGUAUGGGAAUUCUCGAGAUUGAUCAUCUAAAGAAAUCCAAGCAAUCAGAUGGAAAAAAAGUGUCAAAAAACAAAGGUGAGAAUGUCCAAGGUGAGAGAACGCUUUUGCUUCCAAAAUUAGGUAUAGGCUUCGGCAACUUGACUGCAACCGCGGAGAACACUCCGCCAGGAGCAGAAGAAACGAAAUUGCCUGAUGGGGCUGAAGUCUUUGUUAAGGCAGCAACAGCUUGUUGUAGCAGCCUCUGCAACAAUUGCUGUUCCAUGUGCUGCAUUCAGGUCUGUACCAAAAUGAACAACCAGUGUGCAAUUGCAUUUUCUCAACUUUGUAUUGGUUUAGGAUGCUACAGCUGUCUCAACUGUUGUUCAGAAAUGUGUUGUUCUGGAAAUGAAAGUUAA